AUGUCAAACAAAUACGAUCCCAACGCUCCCCCCGCCUACCCACCGCAAGCGCACUACGACGCCGGCCCAUACCCCCCGCAACAGCAGUUCUCCUCUCCGCCGCCCCAGGGCUACUACCAACCGCCACCGGGCGGCGAGGCUCAAAACUACUACGGCGGCGCCCCGCCGCCCCAGCAGCAGGGCUAUGGCCAGCAGCAGCCCAUGUACUAUCAGCAAGGCCCCCCGCCGCAAGGUUACGUUGAUGGUGGAAGGGGUGGAAGGAGACGCGGGGGGGACGGAAUUUGCGCUGGCAUUUUGGCAGCGCUGGCUUGCUGUUGCUGCUUAGACUGCAUCUUCUAA